AUGGGCCUGCGGCCUGGCCUCCCUCCCUCGCACCAGAGCCUGCGUGGGCGCCAGCGGAGCGCCCUGCCCUGGCGGCGGGGCGAGGUGGCCGGCUUGUUCCUGCGGGGCUUCUCGGGCGUGGCGGGAGCCAAGGCCGGGGGAGCGCGCUGUCCUCUCUCGGCCCUCCCGUUGCAGGUUGUGACGGUCCAGAAGCGCAGCGGCCCCCAUCUCGUCUGCUUCUUCCCUUUUGACCUGACUGAUGCCGCCACGCGUGUCUUCUGGGCAGACGGCACUGCCACCCUGAAGCCGCCGGCCACCAGCUCAGUGGUCGAGGCCAGAGUGGUGGUGUCCAGCGUGCCCAUCGUGGAAUCAGCCCGGCCCUCUGGCGCCGCCGCCCCUUCUGGAUCAGCGGACACUGGCACUGUCCAUGGCCCUGGGCCCCUUGCGCCACCCUCCAGCAUGCCAGGGCCUGCGUUGUGCGGCCUGCUGGCGGCGGGGCGCAGCCCUGCUCUGCCGCCGGUGGACGCAGACCUGCUGUCCGCCGGGGAGCCUGGCCCGGCCCCGGCCCCAAGGCGUCUGGGGGCGGGACAGACAGCCUCCCGCCCGCUGCCCAGGACCAUGAGCAACUGCAGCAGCAGCAACUGCAGCGCCCACGCCCGCUGCGAGGCCCUCCAGGCGCUGGGCUGGCCGGAGCACGUGCUCAAGGCCUACGCCGGCGCGCUGCUGGUGCUGGGGCUGCUGCUCAACGGGGCGGCCCUCUGGGUGCUCUGCUGCCGCCUGCCGCGCUGGACCGAGACCCGCGUCUACAUGGUCAACCUGGCUGUGGCCGACCUGUGCCUGCUGUGCUCGCUGCCCUCCAUGUUGCGCUCGCUGCGGGAGGAGGACGCAGACUCGCUGCGCUGCCAGCUCUCCCAGGCCGUCUACCUGGCCAACAGGUACAUGAGCAUCAGCCUGAUCACGGUCAUCGCGCUGGACCGCUACCUGGCCGUGCGGCACCCCCUCUGGGCCCGGAGGCUGCGCUCCCCGCGCCGGGCCGGGGUGCUGUGCGCGGCCCUCUGGGUGCUGGUGGCCGUCUCCCUGGGCGCCCGCUGGCUGCUGGGCCAGCAGGAGGGUGGCUUCUGCUUCUCCAACCCCGCCCGCCAGAACUCCUCCACCAUCGUCUUCUCGCUGCUGGGCUUCUACCUGCCGCUGGCCGUGCUGGUCUUCUGCUCCUUACAGGUGGUCGCCACACUGGCCAGGAGGCCGGCGGGGGACGCGGCGCAGGCCGAGGCCACACGCAGGGCCACCCACAUGGUCUGGGCCAACCUGGUGGUGUUCGUGGUCUGCUUCCUGCCACUGCACCUGGUGCUGACGGCACGGCUGGCCGGGGGCCCGCAGGCCUCCUGCCCCAUGCGGUACGCCCUCCUGCUCACUAGCCACCUGUCCUACGCCAACUGCUGCCUGGACGCCGUCUGCUACUACUACAUGGCCCGCGAGUUCCAGGAGGCGUCCGCGCCGCGCCCCAGCGCCAAGGCCCGCUUGGGCCAGGACUCCGUGUCCAUGACCCUGGCCCGGGGGACACCGAGGCUGGGGCGCCGGGACCGCAUGUGUGACCCCGGCCCGGGGGACACCGAGGCCGGGGCACCGGGACCGCGUGCGUGA